GAAAACACUAGUAGAAAAAGCAAUAAUGACCGAUGAUGAGCAUGUAAGUCUACCCAAAACUGUGUGUUAGAACGCAACGUUUUUGAGAGACAUGGCGAAAACAGAGGCUCUAGACUAUUCGCUCGAAAUUCUAACAGAAACGCCACUUCAUAUCAAAAAUAAUCAUCGCAAAGCCCACAUACGCUGGAUUUUAAACGUUGUUUUUAUAUAUCUAGUAUUGAUAGUAUUGACUUGCCUGUACUACUACGCAAUAGGAUACUCCGAAAUCAAAAUUGGUUUUUAUUGCAAGGACUCUUCACUAUCCCAUGUGUCAAGAGGAAAUACUAUAACAACCUUACAAACUAUGAUCUAUAAUUUCAUGGUAAUACCAUGCCUGACUGUACUCGUAGUAGAAUGCUUUAAAAAGGCAAACUGGAAAGACAAGAUCUUAAAUUCCGCAUAUCUACUUGCCGUUUUCGAACUAGGAGCUUUGGUGGCUUUUGUGACAACCAGGUUUAUCAAAACUAUUUACAGCGAAUAUCGGCCUACGUUUUUCGAUGUUUGCAGACCUGAUACAAAUCAAAAUUGUACAGAGGGAACUUAUGUAGAGUCCUUUGUAUGCCUCAAUGCCCAUAAAAUGACUAGCAAUGUUAAAUUUGAAAUUUCGAGGAGUUUUCCAUCUACGCACACGGGAUUGACAUUAUUUGUUGUAAUUUUCUGUGGGUACAUCCUUCAGACAAGAAUACCAAACCAAACGAAGGGACUGACUUUAAAACAUACACUCUGCUUUCUCCUGAUGUUAUGGGGCAUUUUUAGUGGAUUUACCAGAAUAAGCGACAGAGAACAUCACUGGUGGGAUGUAUUCGGGGGAGCAAUUGUUGGUAUCACAGCCGCCAUUUAUGUUAUACGAACAGCACCUUAUUUAACCAUUUGAAACCUUUUAAACUGUAAAUCAUUGAAGUGCAACGUGCCAACAAUUGAAAAUAAAAGCUCUUACAUAUAAAUCAGCUGAAAUUGAAACUUGCAACCGAAAGGGUUGAAUCUGAAUAUUAAUUCUGAGUUAUACCUCAAUAACUUAGUUCACCAAGAGCUUGACUUUUCAGCAGAGGAGAGCAAUAAAACUUAUACAGGCUUAAAUUUCUUACUUUUAUUACGGCUUACUUUUAAACUUUUAAAUCUUCGAAGGUGAACUAAGAAAUAUUUUAGAAAAACCGAACUCUUUGAUUUUAGCAUAUCCUUCCUUGCACAGUUUGAACCAAUAUUACAAAAAAGUUAUAAAAUGAGUUUCUUUGGAGUUCACUUGCUUUGUCUACCAGCCAUAUCAAACUGCAAUCAACACUGAAAUAUGGAAUAUGAAAAUCCUGUACACAAAACAAGCGAAUUCCAAAGAAAUUCGAACUACGUUAGAAAAGAAAAACUAGAAUCAACACAUAACACUUGUUAGUCCACCAUUAUGAGUUUUAUUAGCUUCGGAACAUUAUACACCCA